AUGAAGAUUUUAUUGGACCACAAUGCGGAUUGCAACAAACUGGUAAAUGGUCAAACACCUCUUAUUGCAGCUGUAGGUGGUGCCUCAAUGAACUGUAUGCUUCUCUUGCUUAAGGCCGGUGCUGAUCACAAGGCAGCUUUAACCCAUUCUUUAAAGAAUCUCCAUUCUGAAAAACUUGUUUCAACUGACUUUGUCAAUUGCUUGAUGGAGGACAUUUCUGCCAGCCAUUUUCCUGAUGAUGAUGAGCCUAUGUCAAAAAGGAAAAUCAGAGCUGCAGGGUUUAAGAAAAUUGCGAAUGUUGCUUUCAAGACGGAGCAAUAUCUUUGUGCGGCAAAAUGCUACACUAUGGCAAUAAGGUUUGAUCCCAACAAUGCAACAUUGUACUCAAACAGGAGCCUUUGUUGGCUUCGCAUGGGCGAGGGAGACAAGGCUUUGUGGGAUGCUAACCAAUGCAGAAAAUUGCUGCUUGACUGCCCAAAAGCCUUUUACCGGCAGGGUGCAGCUCUGAUGCUGCUGAAGGAUUACAAAGGUGCAAGCGAGCAUUUCUUGGAUGGACUCAAGUUGGACCCCGCCAACACUGAGAUGGAGGACGCAUUACGGAAAGCUUAUGAUGCCAUGAAAGAUGUCUCGAAGCACCAAGGCUGA